UUUUAUUUUUUAUUUAUUUUAUUGUUUGUUUAACCAUUUUUUCCCCAUCUGUCUUCCUAACUCAGGACUUGAAAUUCAGUGUCCAUCCUUUAGGACUCAACCCACCCCAAUAAGAUGGCUGUAAGAAUGAGGGAAUGGCGAAAACGCAAAACAGACCUCAGUCUACUACUUCGUUAUUCUGACAGUGAGGAAGAUCCUCAAAACAUUGACAUGAAUAGAAACAGUAUGCCUGUGACCCAAAAUUGUUCUGACAGUGACAAUGUUAUUGGAGUUUCAGAUAGUUUUGACUGUGACACUGGUAUGGGCUAUUGGUCCACCGACUCUGAAGAGGAGACAAAUGAUGAUGCUGAGGUGACMAGCAGCUUUGAAGAUGACCUGAGACGAUGGGCUUUAGAGCACAAAUUGACACACCAAGCACUAAAUGGUUUAUUGGCCAUUUUAAGGAAGCAAGGUCACAUAUUGCCUAUGGAUUGCCGUACACUCCUCGCUACACCACAGUGUAACACCACAGAGCCUAAAUGUGGUGGGCAGUACGUGUACUAUGGCCUAGAAAAGGGGAUCUGUCAGUAUUUAAGUCAGAUAAAGGGCAAUGAUGUACACCUUAGUGUAAACAUAGAUGGUGUCCCACUCUUCAAAAGUAGUGGUGUUCAGUUCUGGCCAAUACUGGUGAAGUGUGGUCAUUUGGAUCCAUUUCUGGUUGCGAUGUUUAGUGGACAAAGUAAGCCAAGUCCACUUGAAGAUUUUCUUAAAGACUUUGUGACUGAAUACAAACAUCUCAAAGACAAUGGUAUAGUUUAUAAAGRCCAGACUUACACUKUGAAUAUUGAUUCACUGAUCUGUGAUGCGCCAGCAAGGGCGUAUCUGAAAUGUAUCAAGGGUCAUACUUCCUAUGAGAGCUGUGAAAGAUGUUUAAUAAGGGGUGCUCGUGUUGAGGGAAGAAUCGUUUUCAGUGAAAAUGAAUGUACUGUUAGAACAGAUGACAGUUUUUCAAGAAUGGAGUACAGGAACCACCAAACAGAUGUGAGCCCUCUCAUUGCUGCAGGAAUUUCUUGUGUUAGCUCGUUUGUGUUAGAUUACAUGCACAUGGUCUGUUUGGGAGUAGUUCGACGCCUCUUAUUUUACCUGACUCGUGGCCCAAAAACCAGUCGCUUAUCUGUGAGACAAAAGAAUGAAAUCUCCAGAAAGUUAAUUGCACUCAGAGGGAAGAUGCCAAGUGAUUUUUCACGGCAACCUCGCGGUUUGCAUGAAGUUGAUAGGUGGAAAGCCACUGAACUGAGGCAGUUUUUGCUGUAUACAGGACCUGUCGUUUUAAAAACUGUGUUAUCUCCUGAGAGAUACAAGCAUUUCUUGUCUCUGACAGUGGCCAUGUCAAUAAUGCUGGAGUCAGAUGACAGGAUUCGAAAUGCCUAUCUUCAAUAUGCUGAAGAACUAAUGAAACAUUUUGUCAUGAGCUGUGCUAAACUGUAUGGGAACACUUUUCCUGUAUACAAUGUGCAUGGACUAAUUCAUCUCCAUGAAGAUGUCAGGCACUUCAACUGUUCAUUGAACGAUAUUUCAUGUGAAAACUACCUCCAACAGAUAAAAAGACAUGUGAGGAGUGGGAGAAGUCCACUUGAGCAAGUCACCAGGCGUUUGGCAGAAAUGGAACGCUCAGAAGUGAAUGAGAGCAGAAUGCAACCAAAAGUGUUUGCUUCUCUAAAAGAAAGGGACAGUUGUUUUCUCUUAAGAGAUGACACGUAUGCGUUUGUGAGACAGAAAAAUGCUGAUGGCACCUUCGUUUGUGAAAUCCUGCACCAGCGUCACACUUCACCUUUUUUUCACCAGCCAUGUAAUUCUGGGCUUCUAAAUAUAGUGUUUGUGGGAAAUGGUCAGCUCAAAAUGAAAAAACGUGUACUAGGUGAAAGAGAUCUGUUCCGCAAGGUGGCCUUCCUUCCACAAGAAACUGGUGGUUUUGUCCUCCUACCUCUUCGCCAUCAUCAGGAACAUAAAUGAAGGUCAUGUAUGCAAGGGCUGUUUGGAAGGAACAUGAACAGGAGGAGGAGGGUGUAGUUCCUGUCAACUGGAUUGACAGGAGCAAGAACAUAAUUUGGUGGCCUAAAAACAUGAGCACCACAAAAAUAGAACGUGCACUGAAGGAUAAAAUCAACCCUGGCAAUGACUGGAUGACGUUCCCAUUAAUAAAGAUCAAAAUGACUUCAGUUAAACGUCGUGAGUGCGAAAGUUACAACUUCACUAGUCAUGCAGAGGAUGAUGAUGAGGACCAGGACAUGGCAACAACUUCAAAAAGAAUUCGCACUAAAAAGGGAGCUCCAGCAGGUUUUGUAAGCGACUUAACUUCGGAUGAGGAAGAGAGCAUCAAUGGUGUCAGACUGCCGAAUUUUCCAACAGCACCACAGAAGCUCCCUUCUAUUCACAAGAACAAUACUG